AUGACCGAGAUACCAGUCGUAGAUUUUGGCGCCUUCUUGUACGGCAGAGAGAACGAUAAGAAGAGAAUUGCCAAGGAGAUUGACGAUGCGUUUUGUAGGGUCGGAUUUGUGUAUCUGAGUAAUCAUGGUGUAGAGAAAGAGAUGGUGAAGGAAUGUUUCUCCUGGUCGAAGAAGUUCUUCUGUUUGCCACUUGAGACGAAGAUGCUAUCUCCUCAUCCACCGGGUGGAAGCCAUCAUCGUGGGUACUCGGCGCCGGGCGUGGAGAAGGUUAGUCAAGGGGUUUAUGAUACCAAUGAGCUGAACAAGUUGAGGGAGACACCUGACUACAAAGAGUCCUUUGAAUCAGGCAAUAUCGAUGACGAAGCACAGCCAAAUAUCUGGCUUCCAGAAGACAAGCUCCCUGGCUUCCGCGCAUUUAUGGAAAAGUACUUCGCUGAAUGCGCCAGUCUCAUUCACAGUAUCCUCGACGCUCUCUCCAUCGCCCUGAAUGUCCCAGAGCCAGGUCUCUCUUCCACACACUCGGAGUCGCUCUUCCAACUCCGGCUCCUUCACUACCCCUCCAUUAGCGCUGAUCAGCUACGCAACAACGAGCGUAGCAGGAUCAACUCACAUUCUGACUUUGGCACUCUAACCCUGCUAUUCCAAGACAACGUCGGAGGAUUAGAAGUAGAGAAUCCCGCCGAACCAGGUACUUUCCGCGCGGCAGAGCCUAUUGAAGACACCGUGUUAGUCAACAUUGGGGACCUAAUGGCAAGGUGGAGUAAUGAUCGCUGGAAAAGUAGUGUGCAUCGUGUUGGACUACCGCUCGCUCUUCAAAAUGCCACAGAAGGUAAUGACAGGAAAGUGGUAGUACCAGAUCGCUACUCGAUUCCUGUGUUUGCGACACCGAACAUGGAUACGAUUAUUGAUGCGUUGCCGGGAUGUUGGAAUGAGGAGAAGCCAAAGAGAUAUGAGCCUGUACCCAAGAACGCUAACGACAUCGAGUUGAGGAUCUUCUUGAAAGAUCUACUUCUCAAACUAGACGUGCUUGCGUUUGACAUCCGAAAGUAUGGGGGACACAAUGGAAAACCCUACUUCGCCAUACUCACCAUACCGAGCGCAAGCAAUGGAGAGCAAUUCUUACAACGUUAUGGCAGUCAGGGACGUCGCGCAGCGCGCCAGCCUCUGGAAUUCCAAGGUCAACGGCUCGAGUUUCGCCUAAACAACAAGCCUGGUCAAUUUGAUCCACUCAAGAUCAAGUCGUUACAAGAGAAAGAAGAGGCGGAGAGGUUGAAGAUCAGAAGCCAGGCACCUAUAAUGAAACUUGAGCGGCCUUCAGGGCGAUCAACGCUGUCUUUUCGUACCUUGAUGACAGGUGUUUGGAAUUAUAAUCACUUCGGCAAGCUCGUGUUCGAUCAGAAGUUCAAGGAUGGAAGAAAAGGUUUCAUCACGUUUGGCAAAAGUGCUUUAGUGAUAUACCUCCAAGCAGGUACUGCCGAACCCUUCAACUGGCACUGCAGAAUCGACAUUCCCUACGCAAUCAUAGAGCACACGAUUCCGUCGGCCGACAAAGACAAACACGAAACGAUUACAUUCACUCUCAAGUCGCCUCCGAAAUUCUAUGAUAUCCAGUCGACCGAUGACCUACACCUGUAUACCGGCGAGCAAGCACCGAACGACAUCUCCUCCAUGUUAGCGAGCCUCAAUAUGAGGCCACAGAAAAAGGUCCUUCGUCUGCAAAGGCUCUGCACGUUGAGCAAAUCGAAUGAUAAGAACUCCGCUUUGUGUAUGGUAUACAAGAUUGCCUUUCCUGACACUCAAACCACGAGAUUUGCUUGGAACUUCGUUAAGGACUUCUCGGUACAGAAAGCAUACUGUUGGAAGACCAUGGUCCCCCCCAACCAGACGAGCAGCAUCGAGGCUGAGUAUGUGGUUGUCGAAAACAAGCUUCGCGAUUACGGCCCUUCUGUGCCAGCAUCCUUCGCUUUCCAGGUUCGUUAUCAACUAACGGCGCUCGUGCUAGAGGGUACGAUUACUCCAUCCAAGAUGAUAGAACUCAUACCGCAUGUGCAACGUAUUGCUAGGCAGUAUGGUGCCGACCUUACUGCGAGGGCAGUUCGUCGUCUCGGACAGCAGAUACCUACACCCGCUCCAAGAGUUCAAGCGGACAACUUCAAAAUCAGUACACUCGUGGCCUUUCUCAAUGAGAGCAUUAAAGACAUCGAAGCCCUUGAAGAAGUUUCCCGAGAUUUGAAUGUCAAGCAGAAGAAGCAUCACCUCGUAUUGACUUAUAAAGCCAUAAUCACACCUACAGUCACCGAGACCAAGGACGACAUUGUGCGCAAUGGUCGGACAUUUAGCGACGGUUGCGGAACGAUUUCUUACAAAUUGAUCCGCAAAGUGUGGAGGGCCUUACCUCCGGAUCGAAGACAACACAGGCCGACCAUACUACAGAUACGCUACCGAGGUGCGAAGGGUGUCUUGUCGCUCGAUGAGUCUCUUCCAGGCGAGCAGCUACACGUUCGAAAGAGCAUGACCAAGUAUAUCGCCAAUGAAAGCUGGCAAGAUCUUGAACUCUGUGGAGCUGCCUACAAACCUUUGUCGGUGUUCCUUAACCAUCAGUUCAUUAAGAUCCUAGAAGAUCUUGGUGUCCAGGCAAAGAAUUUCAAGGCGGUGCAGGACGAAGCAGUCAAUACCUUGAAGCGCAUAACGGAGCAUCCAAUCAAUGCGGCGAGUUUUCUUGAAUACUCGCACUCUGGCGUGUUCGCCAAGGUUCCAAGGCUGUUCGAGCUGAUGCAUCAGAUUAAUCUGUCUUUCCACGCAGAUCGGUUUCUGACCGAUAUUGUAGAGGUUGCAGCCAUGUCAAAUCUGCGGAGCUUGAAGUAUCGUGCACGAAUUCCUGUCGCAAAAGGCUACCUACUCUACGGCAUCAUGGAUGAGACGAAUACCCUGCGCGAAGGUGAAGUCUAUAUCGCGACACAAGACUACAAUACAAGUGGUAUACUAAAGAAAAUUACUCUUGUUGGUGAUCGGGUGGUGAUUACCAGGGCACCAGCGCUCCAUCCAGGCGACGUCCAGCUUGUUACCGCUGUCGAUGUUCCGGACAACUCACCCCUCCGUGCACUUCAUAACUGCGUCGUUUUCUCGCAACAAGGCCUACGAGACCUGCCUUCACAGCUGAGCGGUGGUGACCUCGACGGAGAUCUCUUUCACAUCAUCAACGAUCCGCGACUCGUUCCUGACUUUACCGUGCCUCCUGCAGACUAUCCAUCGACACCGGCCAAAGACCUAGGGCGUCCGGUAGAGGCUAAUGAUAUUGUUGACUUCUUUAUCGAAUAUAUGAACAUGGAUCGGUUAGGCCAAAUCUCGAACAAGCACAAGAUCCGCGCAGACAAAGCGCCUGCUGGGACUCGAGAUGCAGAGUGUAUGCUUCUUGCCAAGCUCGCAUCCGACGCCGUUGACUUUAGCAAGUCUGGCAUUCCUGCCGAGAUGGCCCAGAUACCGAGAGGUACUGAUCAUAUUCGCCCAGAUUUUAUGGCGCCUGGAUCAAACCUAGUCAUCAACGAGAUGGGUGCAGCUGAACUAGAAGAGCUAGAGGGUGAAGAUAUCGACGAUCCUGAUGGAGUGAGUGUGCUUGACGCAGAUAAAGCACGAGCCCGGUAUUAUCGAAGUAAUAAAAUCCUAGGAGUCCUCUAUCGCGACAUUGAUGAGAAGAAGUUCUUCGAUAGGAUGAAGAAUGAUUUUGAAACGUUUCGUCGCCGCUGGGGUGGCGAGUCUCUGGUGCAGAAGCUUGAGCGAUAUGUGAUCCGAGAAAUCCGGGGUGUGCAAUGGGAACAUCAUUGGGAUUUCGCCGAACAACUCCGUGAAACAUACGAGGAGAAUCUGCUCGAGAUUAUGGACACGCUUCGUCCGACUCGUGGCCAGCCUCUCACCGAGCUUGAGGUGUUUAGCGGUAACAUCCUUGGCAAGAAAGAGCGCGCAUCAUCCCGCUACAUCCGCGAGGCCAACCUCGAGGUCCAAGAGCGCUUCAAUCGUGACGUUAGCAACAUGACCAGGAGGAUUGUUCAGGGUGAUGCAGACUGGGACGUUGAUGAUGAUGAUUCGGAAGCAUUGCCACGUUCAGUCGCAUGCUUCAUGGUAGCGUUGGAAACAGAUGGCUGGGAAAACUACCGGAGUUUGAAGAGCUGGAACAACAUCUUCGAUGGUCUAGUGGUCAUGAUUUCCGCUUGUCAAAUCUUCUGGAUUACAAGCGCGGGAGACCGGGGUUCGAUUCCCCGUCGGAGAGCUUAUCAGACGUGUGUCUUUUUUUUUGGUUGUCAGAGGGGGUGGGUGGCUUGGGUAACAUUUUGGGUUUAA